AUGGUUCUUGCUGCUCGAUGUGGCCAGGCGGCGGCCUUGCUGCGCCAGCGCUGUCUCGCUGAAACUCGUCCUCUCUCCCUGCGCACAUUCUCCUCUCAGUCCGUCCGCUCAACGGCCUCGACCCUGCGCCUGCAGAAGAUCCCCACGGCUCGCUCCCAGCAGCUCCGUUCCUUCUCCAGCACUCUGAACCGCCUGAAUGCCCAGAAGCCCCCUGCUGCCGAGUCCUACCUCGCCAGCGGUGCUGUGAAGACCGGUAGCAACCUUGUCGAUGUCAAGAAGGUCCUCGUCAUUGGCAGUGGUGGUCUCAGCAUUGGACAGGCUGGAGAAUUCGAUUACUCCGGCUCCCAGGCACUCAAGGCUCUCAAGGAAGCCGGUGUCUUCUCCGUCCUGAUCAACCCCAAUAUCGCUACCAUCCAGACCGACCACAAGCUUGCCGAUGAAGUCUACUACCUUCCCGUCACACCUGAAUACGUCACCCACGUCAUUGAGCGCGAGCGCCCCGAUGGCAUUCUCCUUACCUUCGGUGGUCAGACUGGUCUGAACCUGGGUGUGCAGAUGAACCGCAUGGGUAUCUUCGAACGCUACGGUGUCAAGGUUCUCGGUACCAGCAUCAAGACUCUGGAGACCAGUGAGGACCGUGACCUCUUCGCCCAGGCCCUUAACGAGAUCAACAUCCCCAUUGCCGAAUCGACUGCUGUCGAGACGGUCGAGGAUGCCCUUAAGGCUGCCGAGCAGGUUGGCUACCCCAUUAUCGUCCGUUCUGCCUACGCUCUCGGUGGUCUGGGCUCCGGCUUCGCUGCCAACCCAGAGGAGCUGCGUGACUUGUCCUCUCGCUCCCUGUCUCUUUCUCCUCAGAUUCUGGUCGAGAAGUCUCUCAAGGGCUGGAAGGAGGUUGAGUACGAAGUUGUCCGUGAUGCUGACAACAACUGCAUCACUGUUUGCAACAUGGAGAACUUUGACCCCCUCGGAAUUCACACCGGUGACAGUAUUGUCGUUGCCCCUAGUCAGACUCUGUCUGAUGAGGAGUACCACAUGCUCCGCACUGCUGCCAUUAAGAUUGUCCGCCACUUGGGCGUCGUUGGCGAGUGCAAUGUCCAGUACGCUCUGCAGCCCGAUGGACUUGACUACCGUGUCAUCGAGGUUAACGCUCGUUUGUCGCGUUCGUCCGCUCUGGCUUCCAAGGCCACUGGUUACCCCCUGGCUUACACCGCCGCUAAGAUCGGCUUGGGACACACUCUUCCUGAGCUUCCUAACGCCGUUACUAAGACCACCACUGCCAACUUCGAGCCCAGUCUCGACUACGUUGUCACUAAGAUUCCCCGCUGGGAUUUGAGCAAGUUCCAGCACGUCAACCGCGACAUUGGCUCCGCCAUGAAGUCGGUCGGCGAGGUUAUGGCUAUUGGUCGUACCUGGGAGGAGUCUCUGCAGAAGGCUAUCCGCCAGGUCGACCCUAAGUACAUUGGUCUCCAGGGUGAUCACUUCGAAGACCUCGAUGAGACUCUCCGCAACCCUACUGACCGCCGCUGGUUGGCUGUUGGUCAGGCCAUGCUCCACGAGAACUACUCCGUCGAGAAGGUUCACGACCUGACUAAGAUCGAUAAGUGGUUCUUGUACAAGAUCCAGAACAUCGUGGACUGCCACAACGAGCUCAAGGAGAUCGGCAGCCUCUUCGGCCUCAAGCAGGAUAUCCUGAUGAAGGCUAAGAAGCUCGGCUUCUCCGAUAAGCAGAUUUCUCUGCUUGUUGGAGCUAGCGAGGAUGAUGUCCGUGCCCGCCGCAAGUCCUUCGGCAUCACCCCGUGGGUCAAGAAGAUCGAUACCCUGGCUGCCGAGUUCCCCGCCGACACCAACUACCUCUACACCACCUACAACGCCACCUCGCACGACGUUACCUUCGAUGACCACGGAACUAUCAUUCUGGGCAGCGGUGUGUACCGUAUUGGUAGCUCCGUCGAGUUCGAUUGGUGCGCUGUCAACGCGACUCUUUCCCUUCGCAACAUGGGCAAGAAGACUGUCAUGAUCAACUACAACCCCGAGACCUACUCCACUGACUUCGAUACCGCCGACAAGCUGUACUUCGAGGAGCUCAGCUACGAGCGUGUCAUGGACAUCUACGAGCUCGAGGCCGCUAGCGGUGUCGUUGUCUCUGUCGGUGGCCAGCUGCCUCAGAACAUUGCUCUCCGUCUGCAGGAGUCUGGUGGUGCUACCAUCCUGGGUACUAAUCCUCUGGACAUCGAUAAGGCCGAGGAUCGCCACAAGUUCUCCUCUAUUCUCGACAGCAUUGGUGUCGAUCAGCCCGCCUGGAAGGAGUUGACCUCCGUCUCUGAGGCCGAGAACUUCGCCGAGACUGUCGGAUACCCCGUUCUGGUUCGUCCCAGUUACGUUCUGUCCGGUGCCGCCAUGAACGUCAUCUACAGUGUCGACGAGCUCAAGGAGAAGCUCCUCAACGCUGCCGCCGUUUCCCCCGACCACCCCGUCGUUAUCACCAAGUUCAUCGAGGGUGCUGAGGAAAUCGAUGUGGAUGCCGUUGCCUCCAACGGUAAGCUGCUCGUUCACGCCGUCUCCGAGCACGUCGAGCCGGCCGGUGUCCACUCUGGUGAUGCUACCCUCGUCCUGCCCCCCGUCAACCUCGAGGAGCCCAUCAUGGCCCGUGUCAAGGAGAUUGCCGAGAAGGUCGCCAAGGCCUGGAACAUCACCGGUCCCUUCAACAUGCAGAUCAUCAAGGCCGAUCAGGAGGGUGCCGAGCCUGCUCUCAAGGUCAUUGAAUGCAACCUGCGCGCCUCCCGCUCCUUCCCCUUCGUCAGCAAGGUCCUGGGUACCAACUUCAUCGAUGUCGCCACCAAGGCGCUCGUUGGCCGUGACGUCCCCGAGCCCGUUGAUCUCAUGAAGGUGAAGCGUGAUUACCUUGCCACCAAGGUUCCCCAGUUCUCCUGGACCCGUCUGGCUGGUGCCGAUCCCUUCUUGGGCGUCGAGAUGUCCUCCACUGGUGAGAUUGCUUGCUUCGGUAAGGAUCUGGUCGAGGCCUACUGGGCUUCCCUCCAGUCCACCAUGAACUUCCGCAUGCCUGAGCCCGGUGAGGGUAUCUUGCUCGGCGGUGAUAUCAGCCAGCCCUACCUGGCCAAGAUUGUGGAGUACUUGAACCCUCUUGGCUACAAGUUCUUUGCCGUCAACCCCGAGGUCAAGGCCGCUCUCGAGUCCGCUGUCAAUGACACCGUUUCUGUGCAGCUGAUUGAGUUCCCCAAGAAGGACAAGCGUGCUCUCCGUGAGGUGUUCCAGAAGUACGACAUCCGUGGCUGCUUCAACCUUGCCAAGACCCGCGGCAAGACCCAACUUGAUGAGGACUACGUUAUGCGCCGCAACGCUGUCGACUUCAGCGUUCCUCUCUUUAUGGAGCCUAAGACUGCCACACUCUUCGCUCAGUGUAUGAGCGAGAAGCUGCCCCGUACUGGAGAGAUCCCCCCUGAGGUUCGCACCUGGUCCAACUUUGUCGGUGGCAAGGCUCUGUAA